CAGUGCUGACUGUUUUCAGUUGUUUCUGUAACAGCAGAAAGUGCACUUACUAGGAGUAGUCAGAAUUCAAAAUGCUCAAGAGAAAGCCAUCCAAUGUUUCAGAGAAGGAGAAACAUCAAAAACCAAAGCUUUCAGUUUCCUGAUACCCCACAGAAGUGUAUUCCACUGGCACCACACGACACUGAAGCAAUUCUAACGGAUUAUUUUAACGAAGCAGCAGUUUUGGGAAUUUCGAUCGUUUUCGGAAUAAUUCUUUAUCAAAACCAGAUGAUUCAACUGAGGUACAUGAAGGAGAUCCCACAAAUGAAAGUGGAGAACCAAGUAAAACUUCAAAUAAUGGAGGAGGUUUGGGUAAAAAAAUGAGAGCUAUUUCAUGGACAAUGAAGAAAAAAGUUGGUAAAAAGUACAUCAAAGCCCUUUCUGAGGAAAAGGAUGAGGAAGAUGGAGAGAAUGCCCACCCAUAUAGAAACAGUGACCCUGUGAUUGGGACCCACACAGAGAAGGUGUCCCUCAAAGCCAGUGACUCCAUGGAUAGUCUCUACAGUGGACAGAGCUCAUCAAGUGGCAUAACAAGCUGUUCAGAUGGUACGAGUAACCGGGACAGCUUUCGACUGGAUGACGAUGGCCCCUAUUCAGGACCAUUCUGCGGUCGUGCCAGAGUGCAUACGGAUUUCACACCAAGUCCCUAUGACACUGACUCCCUCAAAAUCAAGAAAGGAGACAUCAUAGACAUUAUCUGCAAAACACCAAUGGGGAUGUGGACGGGAAUGUUGAACAAUAAAGUGGGAAACUUCAAAUUCAUUUAUGUGGAUGUCAUCUCAGAAGAGGAAGUAGCCCCCAAGAAAAUAAAGGCAAACCGAAGGAGUAACAAUGAAAAAUCCAAGACUCUGCAGGAGUUCCUAGAGAGGAUUCAUCUUCAGGAAUAUACCUCAACACUUUUGCUCAAUGGUUAUGAGACUCUAGAAGAUUUAAAGGAUAUAAAAGAGAGUCACCUCAUUGAAUUAAAUAUUGAAAACCCAGAUGACAGAAGAAGGUUACUAUCAGCUGCUGAAAACUUCCUCGAAGAAGAAAUUAUUCAAGAGCAAGAAAAUGAACCUAUGCCUCUAUCCUUGAGCUCAGACAUCUCCUUAAAUAAGUCACAGUUAGAUGACUGCCCAAGGGACUCUGGUUGUUAUAUCUCAUCAGGAAAUUCAGAUAAUGGCAAAGAGGAUCUGGAGUCUGAAAAUUUGUCUGACAUGGUACAUAAGAUUACUAUCGCAGAGCCAAGUGACUGAACACACACUCUCAACUAUAUAUCUACAGAUGCAUCCGUUUUAACUCUUCUUGAGUUAAAACAUCAAAUAGGAGAGGAAGAUAAAUAUUUGUAAAUAAAACCUAGGUUUAAAUGUUUUAAUCUGAAUAAUUGUACAUAAAAUUUUGUAUCUCUAACAUUCCAAAUUAUUGUCAAUAAAUAUAUAUUUAUUAUUUUAAAUACUAUGUGUUAACAUUUCACUUGCCUGUAUUAGAAAGGCAUAAUGUAAGACUUUGGUAUGUGUGACAUAUGCUUCAUUUGACUUUCUUUUACAAGUACAAUAUCUGCAAAAAACAAAGUAACCUUUUUUCCUACCUGCCAGUUUUGCAUUUGUAUAUGUUAUUGAACAAAUAGUAUUAGAGGAUUCACUGUUGAAACAAGUUGUCCAAGCAAUGCCAUAUUCAUUUUUACACUUAUUGGGAAACUGUGAGUUAAUAUUGGACACAUUGUAUCCUGAUCCACAGUGGAGUUUCAGUAAUUAUAUUUUGUUGACUUUAUUUUGUUUUCUAGUAUAAAAGUAUAGAUAAUGUGUUGUCACUUCUGAUUUAGUGAAAUCAAUUGUAAUAAUUUUACAGAUAUUUUGUCUUUAAGUGUAAAUAUUUUAAAAUUCGACAUAACCUAAUGUUAAUAAUAAAAAGAACUAUUUGCAUAUUGCA